GAGUGAGUAUUGUCCAAUCACCGUCGACUCCAGAAGUGCCGGGUCAAAUAAUCUACUUUCAUGUUGAACACCACUGAAUACCAACUAAUUAUUGUAAACACUUUCACCAGAGGAGUACAAACAAGGCCAUACAUCCACCUGCCCUACAUAACAGCGAUAUGGAUGCUGAGGGUUUUGGGGAGCUACUGCAGCAGGCAGAGCAGUUAGCUGCUGAGACAGAAGCUGUGUCUGAGCUGCCGCAUGUUGAGAGGAACCUUCAGGAAAUCCAACAGGCAGGAGAGAGGCUUCGAUCCCGCACAUUGACCCGCACCUCGCACGAUGCUGCAGACGUAAAAGCGUCAAUCCUCCUCGGUUCCAGAGGUUUAGACAUUUUCCAUAUUUCUCAGAGGUUGGAAAGUCUAAGUGCUGCCACCACCUUUGAGCCCCUGGAGCCAGUCAAAGACACUGACAUACAGGGCUUCUUGAAGAACGAGAGGGACAACGCCCUCCUGUCAGCCAUCGAGGAGUCUCGCCGCAGGACAUUCCUGUUGGCUGAAGAGUACCAUCGUGAGUCCAUGCUGGUUCAGUGGGAGCAGGUGAAGCAGAGAGUCCUGCACACACUACUCGGAGCAGGAGAAGACGCUCUGGACUUUAGUCAAGAUGUGGAGCCCAGCUUUGUGAGCGAAGUGACGGCUCCAGGAAGGAGUGCGUUGGACAGCGUGGAGGUGGCCUACGGACGACAGAUCUACAUUUUCAAUGAGAAGAUAGUGAACGGUCACAUUCAGCCCAAUCUGGGAGAUUUAUGUGCUUCAGUCGCAGACAGCCUGGAUGACAAGAACGUAUCGGACAUGUGGCUAAUGGUGAAGCAGAUGACAGAUGUGUUGCUGGUUCCAGCCAAAGACACCCUCAAGAGUCGCACUUCUGUAGAAAUGCAAAUGGCUUUUGUACGUCAGGCACUCAGCUUCCUUGAGAACAGUUAUAAAAACUACACCAUGGUGACUGUCUUUGGAAACCUCCAUCAAGCUCAACUAGGAGGGGUGCCAGGAACAUACCAACUGGUUCGCAGCUUCCUCAACAUCAAGCUACCAGGACCCCUACCUGGCAUGCAGGAUGGUGAGAUCGAAGGUCACCCAGUGUGGCCUGUGAUCUACUACUGCCUGCGUUGCGGGGAUCUGAACGCAGCCAUGCAGGUGGUAAACAGGGUGCAACAUCAGCUAGGAGACUUCAAGACCUGGUUCCAGGAGUACAUGAACAGCCCCGACAGACGCCUUUCCCCAACGUCAGAGAACAAGCUUCGUCUACACUACCGCAGAGUGCUGAGGAACAGCGCCGACCCCUACAAGAGAGCCGUUUACUGCCUGAUCGGGAAGUGUGACAUCAGUGAUAACCACGGAGAGGUGGCAGACAAGACCGAAGACUACCUCUGGCUCAAGCUGAACCAGGUGUGUUUUGAUGAUGACGGCAGCAGCUCUCCUCAGGACAGACUCACCCUGCCACAACUACAGAAGCAGCUGCUGGAGGAUUAUGGAGAGUCCCACUUCACUGCGAGCCAGCAGCCCUUCCUGUAUUUCCAGGUGUUGUUCCUGACAGCUCAGUUUGAGGCAGCCGUGGCGUUUUUGUUUCGUGUGGAGAGGCUUCGGAGUCACGCCGUGCACGUGGCGUUGGUCCUGUACGAGCUCCGGCUGCUGCUGAAGUCGUCUGGUCAGAGCGCUCAGCUAUUGAGUCAGGAGCCCGGUGAUCCUCCAAUGGUUCGUCGCCUCAAUUUUAUCCGUUUGCUCAUGCUGUACACUCGCAAGUUUGAGUCCACUGAUCCGCGGGAAGCCCUGCAGUACUUCUACUUCCUACGCAAUGAAAAAGACAGCCAGGGAGAAAACAUGUUCAUGCGUUGUGUCAGUGAGCUUGUCAUCGAGAGUCGAGAGUUCGACAUGCUGUUGGGAAGAUUAGAGAAGGACGGCAGUAGGAAGCCUGGUGUCAUAGAUAAGUUUGCCGGGGACACCAGAGCGAUCAUCAGUAAAGUGGCUCUCGAGGCUGAGAACAAGGGCUUAUUCGAGGAGGCAGUCAAACUCUACGAGCUGGCCAAGAAUCCAGAUAAAGUGUUGGAGCUGAUGAACAGGCUGUUGAGUCCGGUCAUCGCCCAGGUCAGCGCACCUCAGUCCAACAAGGAGAGGCUAAAAAACACUGCAGUGGCCAUUGCCGAGAGGUAUCGUGCUCAGGGAAUAGCAGGGGAGAAGACGGUUGAUAGCACUUUCUACCUGCUGAUAGACCUGAUGACGUUCUUCGAUGAGUACCAUGCCGGUCACGUCGACAGAGCCUACGAUGUGAUGGAGCGUUUGAAGCUUCUUCCUCUCAGUCAGGACGGUGUGGAGGAGAGAGUGGCUGCAUUCAGGAACUUCAGCGACGAGGUGCGUCACAACCUAUCUGAAGUGCUGCUUGCCACCAUGAACAUCCUCUUCACCCAGUACAAGCGCCUGAAGGGGGCGCCAGCAGGAACACCGGGACGGCCACAGAGGAGCAUAGAGGACAGAGACAUGCAACUACGCAGCCAGGCCCGAGCCCUCAUCACCUUUGCUGGCAUGAUUCCCUACAAUAUGGCCGGCGACACCAACGCAAGACUGGUGCAGAUGGAAUUACUGAUGAACUGAGACGUCGACACACAAAAACACACACAAAAAAACACAUACAAACACACACACAGCCAUUCGCACACUCACCUGUCUGCCAUUCUGUUUUGUACAGGCAUUCAUCAUUAACAGACACAUUGUUAUUUCACCCAUCUGAGUUCCUGUCUGUUGUUUUUGUUCUUUUUUUUUAUUUUGUUGUGUCAUAUUUGUAUCUUUAAUGAUUUGGAAUAAAAAAAAUAAUAAGUUAACUUUUCAUUUGUCUUUUUAUUUUGAAACAUUUUUUUACCCAUUGCAUUCAUUUCUUUACUUCUAAAUCUUUUUUUAAAGAGUUGGGUUUUUUUCAUCGAAAAACACUUCACACUUUACACUUCACAUCAAAUUUUUUGCAAAUGUCUGUGUCCAUGUAGUCUUAAAAGCUUCAGUUCUAGUAUUGUAGUAUUUUCAAGUGUUCCCAGCACUCUUUCAGCUUCUGCAGCUGCUCAGAUUGAUUUCUCAGUCCAAGAAGCUGCAGAGUGGAUUUAUUCCACCUUUGAAACCAUUAAUCAUCAUCUCUGGAGGGAGGAUUGUUGACCUGAGAGGGAGUUUAUUACACAACACAUCAUAACAAAAUGUCACAUUUUGACAGAUGUGUUUACACAUGAGAGAAAGAGGAUGAAGUAUACAGAUAUGUAGCUUACGUAAAGAAGCAUUGUCCUUAUUAAUGUUUAAGUUUGUUUCAUGAUUUAUUCACAGUGAAACCAGUGUCAACGCAAGAAUUAGAUUACAGUUAAUUAUAUAUCGGCAUGAUCAGAGACAGAAGUCCAAUUGGUAGAAACGAGGAUAAUUUAGACGCUACAUAGACUUCUUUUGAAAACACUUUUUUCUUUCACUUUAGGUCAGUACACAGGAAACUAGUCAUCUAUCCACAGAGUGAAGCUUUUUUCCAGGUCAAGUCAGAAUUGUUUUUGUCCCUCCAUGAGCAGCGAGUCCGACAAAAUGUAAUUAAGUUUUUCUGUCGUAGAAAGAUUCUCUUUGGGACACGUCCUGGCAGAUGGUUGGUUGGCUGGAGUUUAGCUAUAAGACCGAUCACUGGGGUUUAUUUUAUUGCUUUUUUUUUUUUUUUUUUUUUUUUUUAACCAUAAACUGCAGAAUAUACCACCGACCACUCAUACUUGGUUUCAAACAAGGAGACUUUUGCAGAUUCCAACAGGUUUAGCACAAGAAAAACACUCAGAGAGCACAGUACUCUGCCAAAGCUGCUCAGUAGUUGUAUCCCUUCUGAAAUGUUGAAAAGAAUUGUGGCAAAAAUCACAGCAACAUAGAAUGCGACCAUAAAGAAAAUGACAUUGCGCUGAGUUCAGGCACGUGUCAUGCAUGUGUACGUUAUGUAUGGAUACCGAAUUGCGGGAACUGAUGGGACUCUGAAACAACCCCACGAUUUAAUCCAUUGUACCAGAUAAGUCCGCAGCGGUCGAUUUGUUAUUGGAUCGCAAUGAUGUGAUCGUUAGCAGGCAGCUGACGUAGUGUUCACUUGUUGUAGCUACAGUGACGUGCUGCUAUCUUGCAAUGAUACAGAAAUCUUUAACAAAUCCAUGGAUCCAGACUAUGAGCCGCACCACUGUCAAUAUCUAAUCACUUGAUCCUUGUGUCAUUUCUGACCUUCACUAAAAAUUUUAUCCAAAUCCGUUAGUCUGUUUUUGAGUAAUGUUGAGAACAGACAGACUGACGGAUAAACCAACAUCGAUCGUCACAUAACUCUUCCGAAGCUAAUUAUGGGGAACGGAGUCGACCCACUUUGCCGUCGCACAUUUAUCUCAACAUUACAUUCACACAUUUUGAAGCCUUUUGUAAUUUGUCCCCACAUUUUUUUCCACUUCUUAUAAGCAGUCAACCUGCAUGCUGGGAACGUUAUCGCCCAUCACACACUAUAAUUGCCUAAACAUGCUCGAGCAGCUGAUGGAUGGAUGGAUGCAGAGAUUGAUAGAUGCUUUUAUUUGUCAUUGUGUAAAUGUAACAAAAUUCGUGAAAAACAUCGUCGGGCCCACACCUUUGCAGUCUACCUGAGCUAUGGCAGCCCCAACAAACACCUACCAGCAGAACCUUAACAUCCGCUGAGGUCUGCUAGAAAUAAUCCAUCCCCUCUUGUUGAAUUUGUGGCCCACCCUCCGUGUCCUUCAGUCUGGCCUGAGAGAACACAGAUGGAGGCCCAUUCUGUCUUGGCUGCUCCACAUAACUGUACGAAGAUGUUGGGUUCAUCUGUGACCACGGACGAAGCCGAGCCAAGUACUACGGGCUCCAUGCUGUCGUAGCCGAGCAGCUUUUUUGUCUCGUGUUUACAUCUACUUUAACAGUGUUGUUCUGACGGCGGAAGUGGCUUUCAUUCUCGUGUGGUGGAAAGUGACAUCUCCAAUUCAGACGCAGUUUACUGCUCAGUCUCUUUAAGUCUCCAGUGAAUGAGAUGCUUCCUUCUUUGUAACAUCAAAACACAGUGAGUUGUGUGCCCGUGUGUGUGUCUGGACGCCUCCAGCAGCAGAAGACCAGCCUGUCAGGUGUGUGUGCUGCAGCUGGUGUUGUGAAUCAGGCCGAUGACAGACACCUCCUAUAACCCGGCUAUUUCACAACACCAGGGUGGCACCGCACCACUGCCGACCAGAGGAGGAACCUGCAAGAAUAAGGGGCUCGUUUUUAAUAUGAUACUUCAAGGUCAUCAUAUAGUACUAAUAAUCAGCACUACAAGUACAAUUUGUAGUGAAGAUGUCUUUGUACACUGACAUUUUACGACAUAGAUAUGUCAGUUAUUCAUGCCCUGUUGAUGUUAUGACUUUUCUACACAUUCAUUACAUAUUUUUCUUCUUUCUUUAAUCAUUUUAUUCCUUUUCCAUUAUUUUAUGACUAGUAAUUUAUCAGUACAUGCACCUUUAUUGACUGACACAUUUUAUAAACUCAUCACUGCGAUCUGUAAAGCACACAUUUGCUAAAACUUUUCUUACCUCAUCGGUCUGUUAAUAAAUAAUAUUACCACUG